CACACUGCCCAUGUUUAUGUAACUUCCCCUGGUCUUAAGGUUAGCCUCCCUGCAGGAACACAGUCUUCCUUUUUCUCGCUGCUGUCUCCAGUUGACUGUUAUUUUGGCCUCUAAUCAUGCCUGUUCAGUUUUGUUUAGCUUUGCUGGCUCUCUCCUAUCUGACUGCUGCAUCUGAUCCAGGCUGUGAAGAGCUGCUUAAACCUCUGGAGGAUCGAAGCCAGGUGUCUGGGAGAUGGAUAUUCCAUGCUGGAACAUCAAACAAUGAAAAGCUCCUGAAGGCUCUUAGAACUAUAAACAGCUCCUUGAUCGAGCUCGCAUCCCUACCUGAUAGUGAUGAUAUGACCCUUCGCUGGGGAGACAGAAUCGGUGGCAUAUGUCAUGCUGGAGGUGUUAAUUUCACCUUCAGUCAAAACUCUACCAAGGUCACAUUGAACUUUAACGCCUCUGAUCAUGAGCAUGUUGGGAAGCACCUGGUGAGCUGCCCCGACUGCCUCGUCUGGACAGACACCACAGUGUCUCAUGGGGAAGCUACAACUGGCAAAACCCUCUACAUCUUUACAAAGACUGGGAAAUUGGAUGACAGUCAUCUGGAAGUUUUCAAGAAACAGGCUGCGUGCCUCAACUUCCCAGCAGAAUUCCACUUUGGAGAAUCCACGGACAUUUGUCCUUUUGAGAAUGAGGCUGCCACAGAUGUAAAGGAGGGAGAACAAUAGAGACCUGGAGUUACUUCAUGAGCCAAAUUUGAUUCAAGUAUGCUCUCUUAGAUGUGUCUAAACUCCCUUUAUCACUUGUUUGUAUCACAGAUCUCUUGAUAGAUGACAAGGGAACACCCUUUUUUCCAUUCUGGGGAGUCCAUGUCAGACAAGAGAGCGAGAGCUUUUUUAAGUUUGUCACUGCCUGAAAGCAAAUAACUACUUAGCUUAUUGAAGUUAUUCAUCAUGCUAGAUUGCUGUGUGAGAACUGAAUAGACUGCAUUUACAUUGAAUGUCAUGAAUCAUAGAUUAUGAUGGAUACCACUUCCUUUUUCUUUCAUGCAUAUAAACCUCAAUAAAAAGAAACAUGUUUGAUG